AUGCUGAUCCGGUUUAUGGAAGAUGCAGUGGCGGGAAAAUUGCCUUCUGGUGCUAUUCCUCUACACGGCCCGGUAUCGAUGAGAUUUUUCCAAGAGAUUAUACGGCUCGGCAAAGAAUAUGGAGGCUACAGUAACAUUCCUGGCAAUCCAGGAUUUAAUGACGGGAAUCUGUGGAACCGCCUGUUCGAGAUUCUGGGAAGCCAGACCAAUUUUGUUAACUUUGUCGUGGCACACACAGAUAUUAAUGCCGUUAAGGGCAGGCUGAUGGGGUUAAAUGACGUCGCGAGCCUAAUUAAGAACAAACUCGAGAUGCGAUUAAGUACGCGAGAGGGUACAGAUAGACUGCUGAAGCUCAUCCGAGCAACUCUUGCAUUACCUGAGUAUAUGGAAAUGGAAGACGGAACCAGAUCCGACGUGGAGGAAGGCCCAAACACCAAGACCAAGCUGAGCAAUAUCAUAAACGGAAUAGUUCGACAGCUUAUUGACGCCGAAAUCCUCUACGAAGCUCACUACCACGAAAGGGUAUCAAUAGCUCAGUUCUUUGUUGAGUGGCUGAAGGACUUUUACACCCAAGUUGAACAAAAGGCGAGAGAUUGGCUCACGGAUGUCCUGGUGGAGAUGGCAAGAUCGUAUGAAAAUGACAUUAGUGAGUAUGGUGACAAUGUGAGGAACAGGGUUGAGUUCCUUCAAAAAGUGUUCAAAAGCUUAGGAUUUCGUAUUCUUACUGAUUGGGACAUUCCUCUUCUGAAGGAUGAUUCGGAGCAAGGAGAUGAUCCAAUGGAUAUGGAUGAAGGGUGA